AUGAACGCACCAGAUAGAUUCGAGCUUUUCAUUUUACCAGAUGGAGUGGACAAGUAAGUGCAGUUGAUCCUUCAAGAGGGGGAUAAAAUAGCGGAUGUAAACAUUUGAAAAACCCGAUACUAACCCGAAUAUAGGAUUAAGAUAACUCCCGAUACGAAGGUGCCUAAUGCAGCAUUGAUCAAGAUUGAAAGAGAGGACCAUACUUUGGGAAAUUUGAUCAGAGCGCAAUUAUUGAAGGAUGAAAGAGUGUUAUUCGCCGCUUACAAGGUUGAGCAUCCAUUAUUUGCUAAUUUUGUAUUGAGAAUCCAGACAGAAGACGAUUAUUCACCUAGAGAAGCAUUAAGGAACGCUUGUUCUGGGUUGAUUGGGGAAUUGGAUAUUAUCAAGACCAGAUUUAAGGAUGAAUGGGCACUUAAAUCAUUGUUAAACAAUAACGACGACGACUUUUAG